AUGCGUAACGCUACCAGCUCAGUAGCCGAGUUUGUCUCUGCAAAAGAAGGCCUCAAGAUAGCUUUGAAUAAUAAUUGGGUGCACUUGGUGAUUGAAGGUGAUGCCAAGAAUGUUAUAGACCAUUUGAAAAUGAAGGCUGUAAUAAAGGCAAAAGAAGAUUCAAAGCAAGCUAAAGAAAUAGAUCUAAUUGCAUCGAAGUUCACAAAUCUACAUAAGAGUCACGUCUUCAGAAGAUGUAAUAGAGUAGCUGACAAAUUCGCUAAAUUGGGAUACAGUUUGAAGGAUCGUAAAAUAUGGCACUAUCCGCCUCAGGAAGUUCGGCAUCUCCUGGAACAAGACAAGAAGCAUGCUAGUUAA